AUGAAGGAUUCGCCAACAGAAAGUAAUACUCCAGUCGUCUCAAAAGAGCGUCUCAAUAAAGCCAACCACGAGCUCCACCGCUUCGGCAACUACAAGUCCUACUACACGCACUUCCGCUCUCCCGUCUCCCCCGAUACACGGCUUACCCAGCUUUCGACCUUCAUCACUGGUGGCAAGCGUAUCCUCGACCUAGGCUGCAACUCUGGAAAGCUAACGCUCGAGCUCGCAAGUCACUUUGCAGCUUCCGAAGUCGUGGGCGUUGACUUAGAUCUCUUCUUGAUCGAGCAAGCUGAGAAGGCUAAAUCUAGUGAAAAGCAGGAAGCUGCGCGGAAGGUCACUUUCGAGCUUUUCGACUUCGCUUCUACCAUCCCAUUCGUGGGUGCUGCGGCGGAGAUCGAUUGGGAUGUGGUACUCCUGCUCAGCGUCAUCAAAUGGGUGCAUUUGAAUACGUCAGAUCAAGUGCUGAUCGACUUAUUCAUGCACCUAUUCACCAUUCUCAAGUCGGGAGGCUAUCUGGUCAUUGAGCCGCAGGACUGGACAAAUUAUAAGAGGGCUGUGAAGAAGUGUCCUAGCUUGAAAGAGAAUUUCAAGAAGCUUAGACUGAGGCCGCCGUUUGACGAUGUGUUGAAGAGUCAAGGUUGGGAAGAAGUGGAUGGUUGGGAGAGAGAUGAGGUGGGCUUCGAGAGGAGUGUAAGGGUAUGGAGGAAGCCGGUUGAGGAUGCCAACGCCUUGGUUGAAUGA